UACCUGAAGGGCAUGGGGCCCUCGCGUGUUCCCAGAAGGACCGUUCUCUUCCAGCGGGAGAGGACGGGCCUGACCUACCGCGUGCCUGCGCUGCUCAGUGUGCCUCCCAGGCCUACCCUGCUGGCCUUUGCAGAACAGCGACUCAGCCCUGAUGAUUCCCAUGCUCACCGCCUGGUGCUGAGGAGGGGGACACUGGCCAAGGGCUCAGUGCGGUGGGGCACCCUGAGUGUGCUGGAGACUGCGGUGCUGGAGGGGCACAGGUCUAUGAACCCUUGCCCGGUGCUGGACGAACACUCGGGUACCAUCUUCCUCUUCUUCAUUGCGGUGCUGGGCCACACGCCCGAGGCCGUGCAGAUCGCCACUGGCAAGAACGCUGCUCGGCUCUGUUGUGUGACCAGCUGUGAUGCGGGCCUCACCUGGGGCAGUGUGCGAGACCUCACUGAGGAGGUCAUUGGUGCAGCAUUGCGGGACUGGGCCACCUUUGCUGUGGGUCCAGGCCAUGGAGUUCAGCUGCGCUCAGGUCGCCUGCUUGUCCCUGCCUACACCUACCACGUGGACCGCCGAGAGUGUUUCGGCAGGAUCUGCUGGACCAGUCCCCACUCCUUGGCCUUUUACAGUGAUGACCAUGGAAUCUCCUGGCACUGUGGAGGCCUUGUGCCCAACCUGCGCUCUGGAGAGUGCCAACUGGCUGCCGUGGGUGGAGACUUUCUCUACUGCAAUGCCCGGAGCCCUCUGGGCAACCGGGUGCAGGCACUGAGUGCUGAUGAGGGCACCUCCUUCCUGCCAGGGGAGCUGGUGCCUACACUGGCAGAAACUGCCCGUGGCUGCCAGGGUAGCAUUGUGGGCUUCCCAGCCCCACCCUCCAGCAGGCCUCAGGAUGACCGGUGGCCCGUGGGUCCUGGGAAUACCCCACAUUCCCCAUGCUUCUAUCUCAGAGUACAGGAGGCUUCAGGGGAAGGUGCUGGGGGUCCUGUUGAAGGUUGGGUUCCCAGAGGGCCAUUCUGCACCCCACAGACCUGGGGUCUAGGGAAUCAUGGCUCAGAACCUGGGCCAGGUGGAGAUAAGACAGUCUGGAGCCCAGAACUCCCUGUGUCCUCUGCUUCCCUGCUUCAGAGUCCCACAUGGCUGCUGUAUUCCCACCCGUCAGAGCGUAGAGCUCGGCUCCACAUGGGAAUCUACCUGAGCCGGUCCCCCUUGGACCCCCAUAGCUGGACAGAUCCCUGGGUGAUCUAUGAGGGCCCCAGUGGCUACUCCGACCUAGCGUUCCUUGGGGCUGUGCCUGGGGCGUCCCUGGCCUUUGCCUGUUUGUUUGAGAGCGGGAUCAGGGCCUCCUACGAAGACAUCUCUUUUUGCUUGUUCUCAUUGGCUGAUGUCCUGGAGAAUGUACCCACUGGCCUAGAGAUACGCAGCCCCAGGGACAAGCCUCAGGGGCAUUGCUGGCCCUCUUGA